AGUCGGCACUCGCGUUACGAUGGCAACAUGUAGCGAAGCUACGGAAGAAGUAAACGAGCCGGGAGCUGCGCCUUAUGGAAACUUUAGAAACUAUUACACCUUUAACCCUCCGGAGAAUCGUUUGAGUUUGAUUCCCGCUACCCUCCUGCGGGAUUUAGGCCACAAUGACGACCAGGACGAUGUCACGUUGGUCCUGGACGUGGGCUGUAACUCGGGGGAACUAAGUGUGGCCUUCUACAACCAUGUUGUGCAGCAGCCUGAGGUGGCAACGCACAAAAAGAAAGUUCAUCUCCUGGGAUUCGACCUGGAUGAAACCCUUAUUCAGCGAGCGCAGGAGAUCAACCCUCUGCACAGCAGCAUCACCUUCCUGCACCUGGAUAUCACUAAGAACAUGGGCCAGCUGCAGGACUAUCUCAGACAGCGCUGCUGCUCCCACUUCCACCUCUGUCUGUGCCUGGCAGUCACAAUGUGGGUCCACCUGAACCACGGAGACGCAGGUCUGCUGCAGCUGCUUUCACAGCUGGCCUCCAUUAGCCAGCACCUCCUGCUGGAGGCUCAGCCCUGGAAGUGUUACCGCUCUGCAGCCCGGCGGUUGCGGAAGCUGGGCCGCUCAGACUUUGACCACUUCAAGACCCUGAAGAUCCGUGGGGAUGUAGCAGAACAUGCCAGAGAGCACCUGGAGAGACACUGCGACAUGCAGCUCAUCCAGAGCUUCGGCAGCACAACGUGGGACCGCCAGCUGCUGCUUUUCAGACGGAAAUGACAAAAAAAAAAAAAAAAAA